CAUUUGGAUGUCUUGGUUCCCGCCACUAAAUCGUGUGUAAACAUGAAAGCUUUGAAGUGCAUAUUAUCAAGAUUCGUUGCUAUAGAGGAGUACAAUUACUCAACAAUCUGUGAAGAUUUACGAGCUCUGAUUCUUUCCAUUGACAGGGGAUGCUAUUUCCAAGAAGGCGGAAAGAUCAACAUGACGAUGGAUGUAGAGACGGCAUUUCAGAAGUCAAUUGUAACAUUGGUUAAUUGGAUAGGCCGUGAAGUGAAUAUGUCCAAGACUAAAAUAUUCUUUCGUACUUAUUCUCCUGUACACUUCAGAGGUGGAGAUUGGAAGACUGGCGGUAGCUGUCACCUGGAGACAUUACCUGACUUAUUAUCACCCCAAGAGUCAUUGAGGUACUCGUUUGAAUAUAUGACGGUCAUUCAUGUCCUAUCACAGCUCUCUAACAAAUCAAAAGGCUAA